AACCGGAAGGUUACUUCCGGAUAACGAGACCCUGUUUUUUUUCCACGUAAAGUUUGACAGCGUUGUAACUAUUAAAGGGAAGAAAUAUAAUUUUACGGCGCUAUUAAUAAACCGAAGGAAAGAAAGAAUGAGUUCCUCGCAGGUGGAGGAGGGAAGCAGAGCAGGUGGAGGAUGUUUACUGGGGAACUGGGUGGAGGAGAGGGCAACUACAUCGCUGGACAAUACUGGACCAACAUCUGACAGCCAUAAAAAUGGACACAGGGGCAUCCUCACAGUGGACUUGUCCUCUAAAUUGCAUGGCGUUAGUACACUCAAAUCUGCUUUCACCUGCCCUAAGGGCACACGGGUACAACAGAAAGGAUUACGAUCUGAGCUGCUGGAGAAGCACCUCAUCAAAAGCAUAAGUGAGCAGGUACAUGCAGAGCUCACACCGAAGCCUUCAGCCCCUGAACUGUACUCCGUAACCAGAACUGAUUACACAGUGGAGGGCUUCCAGUGUGUCCGACCAACCCCAUCCACGGAUUGUGACUACAGGACCGAUGAGGCCAUCACAUUUUGGAGGGAAAACUUUGACAAGAUUCAGGGUGUGACAGCAGUGAGAAACAGAGACGCUCCUUUUAAGAAGAACGCCAGUUUCACCACACCAAUCAAUGAGUGCUUGGACCCCAAUCCUGAGAACUCUAUUGAUAUAGAAGAAGUGUAAUUUUGUGUUGUUUAUACAAAGAAUUUUCUUUCCAAAAGGGAAUCAGAAAGUAAACAGCUGUUUUGUAAGCUCACUCUAACCUCUUUUUUUUUUGCCUUCUAAUAUACGGAUGUUCAAGAAUCGUUACAAAGUGUGAUCAUUAUGUACAACAGGCCUUAGUUCUCAAACUAACUGUCAAAGACUCUGCUGUUCUUUUUCAUGUUUUCCAGUUAUCCCUAAUACUUUCCCAAUAACACUUAUCAUCUGGCAAAUAAACUCAAUAAGCUCC